AACAAAAAGUGUAUUUAUUCGUUUGUAUUGAACACAGAAAAUCAUAACUUACAGAUAAGGUCUACACAGCCUUUCACCCUGAUGAUAUAUUAUAUUAUUGCUUUGGAAUUGCAACAUUUAGUUUUAUGUUCCUUUUAUAUUUUGAGCCCUUGUGAAAUAAAUUAUCUUGCUAUUCCAUAAACCCCCACACAGUCGUGCUAUUUCUACGUGAAGUGGCUGGUUUUCUUAUUUUUAUGUCAUACUGUCACUAUAUUCACUGAGCAAAUGAGAUGCCGACAGAAAAUCAAAUUAACCGGAAGCCUAACUAUAAAAUAUGAGUAACCUAAAUUAUCUAAAUUCACUUUUUAAUUAAUAUAUUUUACAGCACGUUUUGUCCUAUUGCAUAGGUUUUUUUCCCCCUUAAGGCUUCUUUCACACACACACAUGUUAAGUUGCAGUCAUAUCGUUUGUAUUAAAUUCGGCAUUUGCCUGACAUAUUCCAGAUGCACUAUUCUUUAAGUUAUUUUGCUGACUUCUUGAAUUUAAAUGAGCUUUGUGCUGGAGGUCUGCAUCAAAGCACAGGAUCAUUUCCUAUCAAAUCCCAGCAUGGACUUCAAUAGGAAAUAAAUAAAAAAGUGUUUUUCUAAUUUUGGGGCUGGAAUGACGCAGUGGGUUCCGAAGUGCUCAGAAUCUAGAUGACAUCUUAGUCUCAGUCUGUCCGUCCAAAAACCUAGUUAUAUUCGGGUCACUUUUUACAUGUAGACCUCCCAUCAGCAUGUCGGCCCCUCUCUCAUUGCGAUUUGGACUUAUUUCUCUCCGCCCCUGCCAAAUAGGCAAUAGCUUUUCAUUAGUACCUGUAAAUGCUGUCUUCUCAGUUGUCCUGAUUAAUAAUUAGUGUAAUGUUUAAUAAAGGCUCUAUGGAUAUUAUACCUUUUAUAAUAUUUUAUUGAAACGCCUCUGGGUUUUCUUUUUCAAUUGGGGCAUUUUUUGUCUUUAUUGUUUCACAUGGCAAUGUUCACUCUUAAUAAAACCUCCCUGCCUCUGAGCAGUCUCAUCAUUUCUGUUUCCAGUUUCCCAAGAAAUGGGAAAUAGAUUGAGUGGAGUGACUGAUGCUAAGGCAUAGGCGUCCCCAAGCAGUAUAAAUAAUUAAAAAUAACUCGUGUUUUGCACGAGCAGGUGAAAUGCAAAUUAUUCUGCAACUGGAAUGAAUAUGGCUACUAAAGACGAGUCCCCCACACAAGCCAAGAGCUACAUAGAUACCAUCUUCUCUCCAAAUGGCAAUUCAGUAAGAUGUGAUUUAGGUCUUGCAAGUCUCUAGAAAGAAUUGGUGGAAUAUGUCGUACAUAUUAUUUGUUACAUUUCUUUAACAACGUAAGACUGAAUCACUCAAACGUCAUUAUCAUACAGUUAUUGACCCCUCAGUAUAUGCUGUUUUAUAUAUUUCUGUGAUUAGGAAAUAUAAAAGUAUUGACAUAAAUCUUUUAAUCGUUAAAAUGUUAAAUCUUGAUACUACUCUUGGACAUUACAGCAUGGACUACAUACAUUCUACAUUGUUUUCUUCUCUCUGGGAAACAAUUCAGUCUGCAGUUACUAUUGCCGUUUGUUCAUUUCAAUUGACUUUCAUUGAAGCAAUGUGAUAAAUGCGGGUAAGCUUUGAGUUGCCUGUAGCAUGUGUCAAGCGCUUUGCGCACAGAGAAUACCUUCGACUAAUAAAUUGAUUAUUAUUUAUUUUGAAGCCUAAUACUGUUUUGGUAUUAUUGAAAUGUAAUAUUAGUUCAAUUGUAGCCUUAACCCUAUUCAUUGUCAGUUAAUAUUCUGAGUUAUAUCGAUUUAGGCCCUAAUAAUAUUUGAUGAUACACAUUAUGUACCCCUUAAUUUCGAUUUAUUUUCACCUUUGGAGACAUGGGCAUUUUGAUAACCUAUGGUUAAAAAAAUUUAAUUGCAUGUCUCUAUAGUUUAGUGACACAUAAAUAAUGUUUAUUAUUCUCUUUGCACACGCAGACGCUGCGUAAAAGUGACACGUUGUGCCAAGCCUUAUUCCUUUUCCUAUAUGAGCCGCAAACACGUCAAUUUAAACGUCUCGUUUAGGCGUAUGAAUGAAGAUUACCUCUAAUUUUCGCUUUACAAUUGGGACAUUUUUAGGUUAAGUUAAAACAAAUUACAUAUUUGCCGAGGUCACGUCGGCCACGGGCUAGCUUUAGGACCAUCUUUAAAAUUCUACCAUUUCUUUAUAUAACUGAGGUCGGGCAUUUCACGCCCCAAAAUGUCCUCACUGCAAAAAAACUGUUUUAAAUAUCCCUUUAAAAAUGAACCAGGCGUUUAUUGCAUCUGUUAAGUAUUUUAAUUACACCAACCACUUCACCACUUGCAGCCCCGGACUCGAAGGCGCACGCAAACACGCUCACUCACUCAUUCACUCACGCACACAAACAAACAAAUUGUAACAUCUUUCAUGCCUGCCUUUAUAUAUAUAGCCUGUUGAUGAAUUGGUUCCUAAUACAUUUGCAUAUAAUUAAUAAUAAUAUAGGAACUAUUGUCUGGAAAAAUGUUAUGUGCUUAGUCUUAGUUCCCAAAAGGGAAUUGAGGAACCCUACGUAGACCGACGCUGCUCACUCGCCCACGCUGCACUGCUCAUCAUCAUCAUCAUCAUCAUCAUUAUCAUAUUUAAUAUUAUUGACGAAUGAGCUACGCGCAUCGGCCGGGUUCAUCCACUAUCCCCACUCCAGCGCCCCAGCGCGCGUAUUGUGUUUUCAGCCAGAUUCACAACCCUACGAUCAGAAGAACUAAUCCAGGACUGCCAACACAUUCGUGAGUCGUAAAUGAACCUUCAGUACUCCAGAAAAGCACCCACGAGUUCAGAGGAAGAGAGAUUUUUUCCUCGGCAGUGUCUAACUGGGAACGACCGACACAACGUGUGAUCAAACGACUGUUGCUGGCGGGUUGACAAGUUUCUCUUAGCAGCGAGACGCAGCGGUUAGAGAUCCAGCAGGAUCCCCGCGCUCAAGAAAACCAUACAUCUCGCAUUGGUCUCGGGCGAAAAAGACUCUGUUUCUCUCUCUCUCCAUUUCUCUCUCUGAGGCAUACACCACGAAAAGCCAACGCACAUUGUCUACUGUCUACAAUCUCUCUCAUUUCCCCCGGACUUGGACUCGCUCACUUCCAUUGCUUGGGGCAGGAAGUUGUGUCCAGCAGCACCGACUCCAGACGAUUUCCGCCAGUUGUGGAGCCGAAGCAGCCCAGCCCUGGAUUCAAUACUUUUAAUCAAUGGACAGAGCCUCCUCAACGGCCAGCAGAGAUACAGACACGCUAUAAACAGCCCUUACCCACUGGCAGUAGCCCCUCCUGGUGGCUGGAGGGGGAUGGAGCGUGGCGGUGGGGAGAGCCCUCGCAUGCAGGACAGUCCUGAGUGGGAGCGAGAGCGACGGGGUGGUAGCCCGGACCUCAGCGGACCCCCGCCGGUGAAGUUAGGACGCUUGGAGCUCAACGGGAGCCCCACAGGGCCACGCCUCCUGCGCCACAAUGGCAACCCGCACAGACCUCUGGGAGGUCUGAUGAUCCCGGUGUUCUGUGUUGUGGAGCAGGCAGGGCAGGACGGUGGGAUGCAUCGGGAGCGUGAGGAGGUGGAGAGGAAUGAGGGCCAUAGAGAGGAGCAUGCUGAGUUCGUCCUGGUCAGGAAGGAUAUCCUGUUCAACCAGCUUGUGGAGACGGCCUUGCUGGCCCUCGGCUACUCCCACAGCUCUGCCGCGCAGGCCCAGGGUAUAAUCAAGGUGGGCCGUUGGAAUCCUCUGCCCGUCCACUUCCUCACGGACUCUCCAGAAGCUACUGUGGCCGACAUGCUGCUGGAUGUAUACCACAUGGUCACCCUCCGCAUACAACUUCAGAGUUUUGCCAAGCUGGAGGACCUUCCGUCGGAGCAAUGGAACCACGCCACAGUGAGGAACGCUCUAAAGGAGCUUCUUAAGGAGAUGAACCAGAGUACGCUGGCCAAAGAGUGCCCCCUGUCACAGAGUAUGAUUUCCUCAAUAGUAAACAGCUCCUACUAUGCCAAUGUCUCCACGGCCAAAUGCCAGGAGUUUGGACGCUGGUACAAGAAGUACAAGAAAAUCAAAGGAGACUAUCUGGAGAAGGUGUGGCCGGGAAGAGAAAAUUCAGAAAUCAAAGUGGAGAGAGACAGCCUGGCGGACUUCUGUGUGCUUGGACAGCGUCCCCCAUCCCAUCUGACCAGCCUGGCCCAGCUCAGCCACCUUGGAGUGGGCAGCGGUGGUCUCCUCAAGAGUGCAGACCCACCCCCAACCCCACCCCAACCCCCGCAACCACUACAACACCCUCCCUCGCCCCACGGCCAGCUCCACCACAGCCCUCCUCUACGCGGGCAAGUUCCUCCCCCUGGCCCUCCAGCCUCCCUCCAGCCUCUCCUCGGACCAGGUGGACUCCUCUCCCCCCAGCUCAGUCCUCAGCUGGUCCGACAGCAGCUAGCAAUGGCUCACCUUAUCAACCAGCAGUUAGCCGUUAGCCGCCUGCUAGCCCACCAGCACCCGCAGGCACUCAACCAGCAGUUCCUCAACCACCCUCCCAUCCCUCGACUCUCCAAGGCAGGGGCACCUGGUGACCCUGGGAACAACCCAUCUGCUGCAGAGGUCUCCACUGAAAUCUACCAGCACGUCAGGGACGAACUGAAGAGAGCCAGCGUUUCGCAAGCCGUGUUCGCACGCGUGGCUUUCAACAGGACACAGGGCCUGCUGUCGGAGAUCCUGCGGAAGGAGGAGGACCCUCGCUCGGCCUCACAGUCCCUGCUGGUCAACCUUAAAGCCAUGCAGAACUUCCUCAACCUCCCCGAGGGAGAGAGAGACCGUAUUUACCAGGAGGAGCGCGAGCGAAGCAUGAACCCCCCUGUCGGCCUGCCCCCUACCCCUACCUCCAGCCCCGGGGGCCCCCGCCUCUCUCAGGACAUAUUUAGACCGACCAUCACUAACCAUGUCCCAUGCCACCUCAUGCAGAAGGUGUGGGAGAGAGGUAUGGACGAACAGUUAACACCUGAUGCCUGGGCUUCUAUCUGGAAGAAUAAGACCAAAAUCUCUAACUCGCCCAAGCUGCCAGGCCCUAACCCGGACAUGCCCUUGAAGAUGGAGUCUCUGGUCAACAUCACGUCCGGCAUCUACGAGGAGAUCCAGCAGGAGAUGAAGAGAGCCAAGGUGUCUCAGGCGCUGUUUGCCAAGGUGGCAGCCAACAAGAGCCAGGGCUGGCUGUGUGAGCUGCUGCGUUGGAAGGAGAACCCAAGCCCAGAGAACCGCACUCUGUGGGAGAACCUGGGUACCAUCCGGAGGUUUCUGACCCUGCCUCAGACCGACAGGGACCUGGUGUAUGAGGAGGAGUCCCGUCACCACCACACUGAGAGACUCCACACCGUGCUCCACCUGCCCCAGGACCCGCAGCUGUACUGUCUUUCUCACCAGGGACUGCACAGGCAACCCCCACAGGCCCUGAAAGACCCUUCCCCCAUGCGCGAGGAGCCCAUGCCCACCCAGGGAAUCGAUGAAGGUUCGCAGAACGUGGAAAGAGGUGGCACCGCUAGCAGCUGCACGGGGGGAUCCGGAGUCAGUGGCGGGGGGGUCGUCAAGAAGCCUCGGUCACGCACUAAGAUCUCUCUAGAAGCUCUGGGAAUCCUGCAGAGCUUCAUCCAGGAUGUGGGUCUGUACCCGGACCAGGAGGCCAUCCACACCCUGUCGGCCCAGCUGGACCUGCCCAAGCACACCAUCAUAAAGUUCUUCCAGAACCAGCGGUAUCACGUCAAGCACCACGGCAGGCUGAAGGAGCUGGGAGAGGGCGCCGGUGGCGUGGACGUCAGUGAAUACAGAGACGAGGAGCUCCUAUCCAGCUCGGAGGACCCGGAGUCCAGCGAAGACGGUCACGAGGAGAUGUACCCCACUACGGAGAGAGAGGGAGAGGAGAGCAACGCGGCAGGGUCAGCCCCUGCCCUGGCCACAGCCCAGCCUUCAGGGACCGGCAUGGAGGAGAACAAGGACAAGGGUCUUUGUCAUGUUCUGGCUGGGGGCCGAGCAAGCUCCCUGCCCCCCAACAGCUCCUCAUCCAGCCCCAGAGAUCAGACGGACUUCCAGAGAUAGAGACCCAGAGACAAAAGGAGAAACUGGAGGAGUCCGGCAGAGACCGACGUAGGACGGAGACAGUGUGGGAGAUUAGGGGAAGCGAGGCGUAGAUUAGAAAAUAACCGUGUCACCGGCGCGCACACACACAUAUACUGACAGAUAUAUGAGUGAGUGAAUCCAGUGAAAAUACAAUGUGUUACCUCAGCAACACGAUGCAGGGAUAGGCCAUGAAACAGCAGUCAUGAGUAAUAUUGUACGAAAAAUCCUGUUCACUUAGGUCGUGAACUGGUGAACUGACAAAACACGCAGAACUCACCUCUGUCAAGAAGAGGAACUCGCCACAUCUACACCACUCUUGAAUUAAGCCAAUCACAAAGCUCAGCUUCACCUAUGAGGGCUGGGCUCUAGUCUGCGCCGUCCAUUGACUUCUCUCCCAGAUAUCUCAAUACGCCCACACUCUGAACACUAGUGCUUAUUUGGCGGUUGGAUCUUGGGUCAGGCCCUAACGGACUUCAGAGACAGAGUACUGGGGUCUGCCCAAAGCUCCAGUCUCCUACCCUCCCUCUCCUGAACUCCAUGUCGAAUGGCCGGCAGUUUGUUUGGUGGGCGUUUUGAGGCUUUACUCCACCUCCUCCCCUACUCCACCCCUGUCCCCUCUUCCACUCAGCGUUGGCAGUUUGAGUUGGGUGGGUGGAGUUUGGGGUUUUGGGUGGAGGUAGGAGCCGUGGUAUGGGGGAAUUAGUCCGUGAUGAACGAAUAUGGUUCGUUGAGCUUCGCUGUCCCAGCCGGCGCUCCUGUCGCCAUCCCUCCAUGGAACAACUGCACAGCCCAUGGGUCUGGAGGCGUGGAACAGACCAAUACAUCCCGUCAAACCUCUACCAACUAUUCUUGUGCCCCAUCUUGGUAUCUCCACACUCCGGCACUCAUCCCCCUAUGCCCCC